AUGCGCCCCUGUACCGCCUCCUCAUGCUGCUGCCAGGCCCGUAAUCUGCCAUGGGCCCCCGUACCGACUCCUCAUGCUGCUGCCAGGCCCGUAAUCUGUCAUGGGCCCCUGUACCGCCUCCUCAUGCUGCUGCCAGGUCCAGAGUGUGUCAUGGGUCCCUGUACGGCCUCCCAUUGCUGCUGUCUCUAUCGCCACACUCUGCCAUGUGCCACUUUCAGGUCUCCUCACACUGCUGGUGGUUUCCAUUUUUGUCAUAGGGUGCUGUAUGGCCUCCCAUUGCUGCUGCCUCCACCGCCACACUGUGGCUCCACACUCUGGUUUUGGCCCCGUGACUGCCCAAAUGAGUGAAGUGUGCGGUGAUUCUAAGAUCGACGGCACUCAUCUGCAUGUCAUACUGACUGACAGUAUUAUUUCUCUUCCCCAGCAGACUCCAAGGGCAUUUAAAUUAAAGGUACAGUGUUCUGCACUAAUAUUA